CAGGCACAAAGAAGUUAGGUACUGAACAGCUUGACUAGAGAGAGUCAAAGAAAGUCUCCACCCAGGAAAUCUAAUCUAAUUUCACAUUUCAGGGGUGGAAAGUCUUGUUUAUACAGGGAGCUGGUGAGCGACGGCCUUGAUCCUUGGAGCCAUGUAUACAACAAACCCCAAAAGUGGCUCUGCCUUUGAUGUUUCGGCGAAAGAACCAGGACUGCACAUCUGGCGUGUGGAGAAAAUGAAGCCAGUUUCUGUUCCAGAUGAGAUGAAAGGCAUAUUCUAUUCUGGGGAUUCAUACCUGGUCCUUUAUAAUGACCCAGAUGAGCAUUCCAACCUGCAUAUUUGGAUUGGUCAAAACUCCUCCAGAGAUGAGCAGGGAGCAUGUGCUUUGCUCUCCACUCACCUCAACUCCAUCCCAAAAGAGAAGCCAAUUCAGUAUCGGGAAGUGCAGGGGAAUGAAUCAGAUGUCUUCAUGGAGUACUUUCCCCAUGGCAUCAAAUACCAGGAAGGCGGUGUGGAGUCAGCCUUUACCAGAACCCAGGCCAACCAUGAGCAAAGCUCCAGGCACCAACUCUAUCAAGUCAAAGGAAAGAAGAAUAUCCGGGCUGUGGAAAGAGAACUGAGCUGGACCAGUUUUAAUACGGGUGAUUGCUUUAUCCUGGACCUGGGAGAGAAAAUCUUUGCCUGGUAUGGGGGAAAGUCAAACAUUCUGGAGCGCAACAAAGCUCGGGAUUUUGCAACAGCAAUCCGUGACACUGAAAGGAAGGGAAAAGCAAAGAUGGAGAUUGUUGUGGACGGGGAAGAACCUGCUGAGAUGACAGCGGUACUGGGUCCUAAGCCAGUUCUGAAAGAAGGCACCGCUGAGGAAGAUAUUGUGGCUGAUCAGAAGAAUGCUAUUGCAGCAGUAUUGUAUAAGGUCUCUGACAUGACGGGGAAAAUGAGUCUGACUAAAGUCUCCGAAUCCAGUCCAUUCCUCCAGGACCAGCUCAUCACAGAUGACUGUUUCAUCCUAGACAACGGGCAGCAUGGAAAGAUCUUUGUUUGGAAAGGCCUCAAAGCAAAUGAACAAGAACAGCAAGCGGCUCUGAGAGUAGCAGAGAACUUCAUCUCACAAAUGAAAUAUCCCCAGAACACUCAGGUGCAGAUCCUGCCCCAAGGCCGUGAAAGUCUGCUCUUCAAACAAUUCUUUACAAACUGGAAGUGAAAGCUGGAGUCUCCACCUUAGGCUGGCAAUACUCCGUGACUGUGCCUUUCUGCCCCAUCAACCAUUCAAGCCUUAUUAAAUUGGAGCCACUGUAUCCUCCUUGCCUUCUGCUUUGACCAACCCUCUUUAAUCAGCAGCUCUGCAUCCGAAACCAUGGGUGAAACCUUCUGUUUCCCGACUUCAGUCUUCAGUAUUGUGAUAACAGUAGGGCAACCUUAACUAGAGAGAUCCUCUCUCUUAAUUUUUUGAACCAGUUCCUCCCAAUUGUAAGCCUCUUCCUCGUUAUGUCUAGAAUGUGAUAAAUAACUUGUAACUUUCUCAUCUCUACUGGAAAUAGAACAUUUUGAUGUGAGUUAAGAAAAGUCUGUGCACUGUGCACAUUGCAUUAAACCAAAACCAGUCACAUUUGUAGGGUGCAAACCCAACCUUACAUAAAAUGUGCUGUCUAAUGAUAGCUUUACUUCCUU